CUGUGUUAUACACAUGUGUAAAAAAAUUAGUAAAAAUUUAAUUUAAAUUAAUAACAAAGAAAGAUGGAUUAUUCACUAACAAUUCAUUAAAAAAUCCUCAAUGGGAAAGUAAACACUUUUGAUAGUCGAAUUAAACGCCUAAGUAUAGAACGAUGACCUGAACAGCUGAUUUCUUGUUACCUCUUAUAGGACCUUUAGAUUUUUUGUUGACUAUCUAAAAAUGCUUCUUUUUAUAUGCUAAAAAUAAUGGAACAUCUAAAACUACAACAAACUUUAACAUUGUUUUUAAGCAGUAAGAAUGAAUAGAAUGUUGAUAACGUCUGAUUUUAAAAUAGUUAUAACUAUGUCAAACUUUUCAUCUGUACUACUGUUAAACUUUUGUUAAAAAACUUUCAUCAGACCCAGAUAAAUUUUUUAACAAUAUGGAUUAUGAAUAUACUCCAUUUCAUAAAGAAAGGGAUAUAUAUAACCGAUGUUGUGGUGGAACAUUAUGGUGUAUUAAGGAUAUAUGUGGAAUAAUUUGUGCCAUUUUGACAUGGUUGUUGAUUAUCUAUGCUGAAUUUGUUGUGAUGGCAGUAAUUCUCAUACCUACUAUCAAUACCUUAUAUUCAAGUUUCAACAUGGCAUUAUUUCAGACAUUGACUUUUUUGGCAUUUACUUCACAUUUAAAAACAAUGUUUACAGAUCCAGGUGCAGUGCCUAAAGGAAAUGCAACAAAAGAAAUGAUACAGCAAAUGGGAUUUAGAGAAGGUCAAGUUAUUUUUAAAUGUCCAAAGUGUUGUUCUAUCAAACCUGAAAGAGCACAUCACUGUUCAGUUUGUCAAAGAUGCAUAAGGAAAAUGGAUCACCACUGCCCUUGGGUUAAUAACUGUGUAGGAGAGAAUAACCAGAAGUACUUUGUCCUAUUUACGUUUUACAUAGCUGGAAUUUCAUUACAAUCACUAUUUUUAUGCAUACAACAAUUUACAACUUGCGUGAGGCAAGAAUGGCGUGAUUGUACAACCUUUAGUCCUCCAGCUACAGUAGUUCUACUAUUAUUUUUAACUUUUGAAGCUCUUCUUUUCGCUAUAUUUACUGCAGUGAUGUUGGGAACACAAUUACAAGCUAUAUGGAAUGAUGAAACUGGUAUAGAACAGCUGAAAAAAGAAGAAGCUCGUUGGGAACGAAAUAGCAAAUGGAAAUCUAUUCAAGCAGUUUUUGGACGGUUUUCAAUUGCUUGGUUUUCACCUUUUACAUCACCACCAAAUGCCAAAACAAAAUUAGAUGCAUAUUUAUAUUCCGUUUGAAUUAACAAAGCAAAAUGUAAGUUCAAAAUUCAGGUACUUUACUGAGAAAAAUGUAUAGGAAAUUGAAAUCUAUAACUAUUAUAAAUAUAAAACUGAUACAAUGAUAAUUUGUACAUUUCAAAAAUUUUUAUAUGAAUUAAAAUAAUAAUACAUUUUUUUCACUGAUAAAGAUAUAUAAGUAAGUUUAAAUGUAUACACAUAAAUAUAUUCUUGCAAUUCUUAAAUUAGCAACGUUUGAGAAAUGUUGCAAAUAGCAUCUCAAUCUAUGCUAUAUUGACAAAACUGUUUGAUGAACAAUUCUUUCAGAACAUUUGCAAUAGUAUCCAUUUUGAAUAUAUAAAUUGCCCAUAAUUAUUAAUCAUGCUGACUGAUUCUUUGUUUAUUCAUUCAAUUAUUGAAUUGAAACAAUGACUUUUAAAAUUAAAAUUUUUCAAAUGAAAUAUAAGGUAGAACAUUUAUUGUAAACGCUGUAUGAAUGUGAAGAUGUGAUAUAUUUAUUUAGUUACCAAUAUUAUUUUGUAUAUGGCUGUUACUUUUGGUGUACAGAUUGUAACGAUUAUGAUAAAUGUAUAUUUUGCAUCGAAUUUUAUCUAUAUUUCAUAAAGUUAGUUAGGUAUUUUGAAAAUUUUUA